CCAGGGCAGAAUGUGAGACAUUUAAAUUCAUCAGACAAAAAAAGAUUCAAAGAAGCGGAGGGCUAACGUUACCCCCACAGACAGAGACACGGCAGAGGUAGACAUUCCUCAUUACAGUAACUGUUAGCUAACGGAAAUACAUGACAAACGAGCGCUAAGAUUUGACAAGUGCUUCAAAUAAUUCGGGAUCUUUCAGGAACGUCAAACCAGUCCGGACUGCACAGUAAUACAGCAUGGAUGAGAUAGUCAUAGCAGGAAUAUCGGGCCGUUUGCCUGAGUCCAACAACCUGGAGGAAUUCUGGGAAAACCUCAUCAAUGGUGUGGACAUGGUGACAGAGGACAACCGGCGGUGGACACCAGGUCUGUACGGUCUUCCAAAGAGGAAUGGUAAACUGAAGGACAUCAGCCACUUCGAUGCAGCCUUCUUUGGAGUCCACCCCAAACAGGCCAACACCAUGGACCCUCAGCUCCGUCUCAUGCUAGAGAUUGCCUACGAGGCAAUUGUAGAUGGAGGAGUGAACCCGGCCACAAUGCGCGGCAGUAAGACGGGCGUCUACAUUGGGGUGAGUGGCUCAGAGGCUGGCGAGGCGUUCAGCAGAGACCCAGAGGAGCUGCUGGGCUACAGCAUGACCGGCUGCCAGCGCGCUAUGUUGGCCAACAGACUCUCCUACUUUUUUGACUUCAGGGGCCCUAGUACCGCCAUCGACACAGCCUGCUCCUCCAGCUUGCUGGCUUUAGAAAAUGCCUUCCACGCUAUUCGCCAGGGCCAGUGUGAUGCAGCUGUGGUGGGGGGAGUCAACCUCCUGCUCAAGCCAAACACCUCUGUGCAGUUCAUGAAACUGGGCAUGCUCAGUCCUGAGGGGACCUGCAAGUCCUUUGAUUCAUCAGGAAAUGGAUAUUGCCGUUCUGAGGCAGCAGUGGUAGUGCUUCUGACCAAGCGGUCGGUGGCUAAAAGAGUCUACGCCACAGUGGUCAACGCUGGCAACAACACAGAUGGAUACAAAGAGCAGGGUGUAACGUUUCCUUCAGGUGAGAUGCAGCAGAGGCUGGUUCGUUCUCUCUACCAGGAGGCUAAUAUAGCUCCUGAGCAGGUGGAGUACAUCGAAGCCCACGGCACCGGAACAAAGGUUGGCGACCCACAGGAAGUGAAUGGCAUUGUUGGUGUGUUCUGUCAAUCAAAGCGAGAACCUCUCCUUAUUGGUUCCACCAAGUCUAACAUGGGCCAUCCAGAACCGGCCUCUGGUCUGGCUGCUCUGGCAAAGGUGUUGCUUUCUUUGGAGCAAGGUGUAUGGGCUCCCAACCUGCACUUCAACAGUCCUAACCCUGACAUUCCCGCCCUCACUGAUGGUCGAGUUGUUGUUGUUGACCGGCCUAUACCCAUUCGAGGCGGCAUCGUAGGCAUCAACUCCUUUGGAUUUGGAGGUUCAAACGUUCAUGUGAUCCUUCGUCCAGCUGAGAAACCAGCUGACGAGACUGCACCGCCCAGGACGUUUCCCAGGGUGCUACAGGCCUGUGGCCGUACAGAGGCUGCCGUGAACACCAUACUCCAAAAAGGCAAGGAACAUGCUGCGGAUGAUAGCUUCCUGUCUUUGCUGAAUCAAGUGUCAGGAGUUCCUACUGCCAGCAUGCCCUAUCGAGGCUACGCACUGAUUGGCACUGAGAGUGACAUCAUGGAGGUGCAGCAGGUGCAGGCCGCUACCAGGCCUCUUUGGUACAUUUUUUCAGGUAUGGGAACACAAUGGGCAGGUAUGGGCCGCAGUCUUAUGCAACUGCCAGACUUUAGAGAGUCCAUCUUGCGGUCCGAUGCAGCUCUGAAGGACACCGGGCUGGUUGUGUCUCGCCUACUCAUGGAGGCUGACGAUGCCACUUUUGAAGACACUGUUCAUGCUUUUGUUGGACUGGCCGCCAUACAGAUAGCUCAGAUCGACCUACUCACUAAGCUGGGUCUGCAGCCUGAUGGCAUCGUAGGACACUCCGUAGGAGAGCUGGCUUGUGGCUACGCUGAUGGCUCCCUCACUCACAGUGAGGCCAUCCUGGCUGCCUACUGGAGAGGCCGCUGCAUCAAGGAGGCCAACCUUCCCCCAGGAGGCAUGGCUGCAGUCGGGUUGACCUGGGAAGAAUGUCUUGCUCAGUGUCCUCAAGGAGUGGUCCCAGCUUGCCACAAUGCUGAGGACACCGUCACCAUCUCCGGUCCGCAGGAAGCGAUUAGUAAAUAUGUUUCCAAGCUGAAAGAGCAGGGAGUGUUUGCAAAGGAGGUGCGCAGCGCUGGAGUCGCUUUCCAUUCCUAUUACAUGGCCUCCAUCGCCCCAACCCUCCUGGCUGCUCUGAAGAAGGUGAUCAAGAUGCCGCGGCAGCGUUCAGCCCGUUGGGUGAGCACCAGCAUUCCUCAGUCUGAAUGGGACUCUCCUCUGGCUCUGUACAGCUCAGCUGACUACCAUGUCAACAACCUGGUGAGCCCUGUGCUGUUCCAGGAAGGCCUCAGUCUGGUGCCUGAAAACGCUGUGGUGGUAGAGAUAGCACCUCAUGCUCUACUGCAGGCCAUCCUGAAGCGUAGCCUGAAGCACACGUGUUCCAUCCUCCCCUUGAUGAAGAGAGGCCACACCAACAACCUUGAGUUCUUCCUCUCAAACAUAGGCAAAAUCUACAUGAACGGGGUCAACGUACAUGGGAACGGCCUCUGCCCAGUGGUGCAGUACCCUGUCCCAGUUGGUACCCCUCUGAUUGCCCCCUUGGUGCAGUGGGACCAUGCCCAGACCUGGGAUGUCCCCAAGGUAGAGGAUUUUUCCUCUGGCUCUGGAGGAACCAGUUCUGCCACAGUUUAUAAGAUUGACAUAAACCCAGAGUCUACAGACUACUACCUGACUGGACACUGCAUUGAUGGUCGUGUCCUGUAUCCGGCGACGGGUUACCUGGUGCUAGCCUGGCGUACCUUGCUAAGAAGUCUGGGGGUUGUCAUGGAAAUCACCCCUGUAACCUUUGAGGACGUCACUAUUCACAGGGCCACGAUCCUGCCAAAGACCGGCUCAGUCCAGUUGGAGGUGCGUCUCAUGCCUGCCACCAACAAGUUUGAGGUUUCAGAGAAUGGAAACCUGGCUGUCAGUGGUAAGGUGAGCAUUCUGGAGGAUGCAGCCCUUGACUCAUUCCGUAGUAGGAUAAGUCAACAAGCUGCCUACGAUGAAGGUGACCCUAAAAUGAGGCUUACGGCACAUGAUGUCUACAAAGAGCUGCGACUGCGUGGUUAUGACUAUGGGAAUGCUUUCCAAGGCAUCUUGGAGUCCAACAAUGCAGGAGACAGUGGGAAACUGCAGUGGACAGGAAACUGGGUGACCUUUUUGGACACCAUGCUACAGAUGAUCGUGGUUGGCCUGUCGGGUCGUAGUCUGCGUUUGCCAACCAGGAUCCGCUCAGUGUGUGUUGAUCCAGUUGUCCAUCUGGCGAAUGUCUGCAAGUACACUGACGGAAAGGAAGCUGUGGAUGUCCACGUAAACCGUUGCCUUGACAACAUUGUUGCUGGUGGAGUCCAGAUCUCCGGUCUGCAUGCCACUGUGGCACCCCGUCGGCAGCAGCAGCAGAAUCCCCCUACCCUGGAGGAGUUUGUGUUUGUUCCCUAUGUGGAGAUGGAGUGCCUGACAGCCAAUGGGAAACUUGCAGAGCAGCUGAGGCUCUGCAAAGGUUUAAUCCACAGACUGCAGCAAAAGUUGGCCCCUCAUGGUGUCAAGCUCUCCAUCCCCGGGAUACAAGUGGAGUCAGACGGUCCUUUACCCAACCCCGAAAAUUCUGAGCCCGGCCUGGUGCGGCUGAUGGCCCUGCUUUGCAGCCUGGAGCUGAAUGGGAACCUUCGAUCUGAGCUAGAACAGACAGUGGAGAAGGAGAGGGCGUGUCUGCUGCAGGAUAGCCUGCUGCAGGGGCUGCUCGACAGCCAGGCCCUCAGACACUGCCUGGACAUCACCAUAGAAAAUAGCAUGCCUGGAAAGAUCAAAGUCCUGGAGGCUCUCUCCAACGAUAGUCAGCUCUUCUCUCGCUUGGUUGCCCUCCUCAACAUCCAGCCCAUGCUGCGUGUGGAUUACACUGCCACAGCAACCAACCUGGACCUUCUUACCCCCCAUCAGGCCACCCUUGAGAGGCUGGCAGUUACAUCAGCUCAGUGGGACCCCCUGAUGUGUGCGGCUCCUGGAGGUGUAGUAGGAGGGGCAGACCUAGUGGUGUGUAACCACGCCUGGGGCCCUGUAAGGAAGGACCCUGCACUGCUGGUGGCAAAUCUGGCUUCUGGAGCCAAACAAAGGGGGUUUGUUCUUAUCCACACCUUGCUGAAGGGAGAGACUCUGGGGGAAACCGUUGCAUUCCUCUCUGGCACUACUCAGAGCAGCAGCCAGCAAGGACUGCUCACACAGGCUGAGUGGGAGAAGGUGUUCUCUGAGGCCUCUCUCAACCUGGUGGCGGUCAGGAAAUCUUUUUAUGGCACGGCCCUCUUUCUUUGUCGCCGUCAGUCUCUGGCCAAACAGCCCGUUUUCCUACCUGUGGACAGAACUGACUACACGUGGGUGGAAACACUUAAGGCGAUGAUUGCAGAGUCAUCAGACUGUCCAGUGUGGUUGACUGCCUCCAAGCCUCACUGUGGCAUUGUGGGAAUGGUCAACUGUCUAUUGCAGGAGCCAGGUGGCAACCGAAUACGCUGUGCGUUUGUGUCCAAUCUAAACGAGUCUUCUGCAGUACCGAGCCUCCAGCCAGCCCAUAAGUCUAUGCAGUCAGUGCUAGAAGGGGAUCUGGUCAUGAAUGUGUUCAGAGACGGACACUGGGGCGUCUUCAGGCAUCAGCUCAUCAGUCACGAUUUAAAAGAAGAGUUGACUGAGCAGGCAUACGUCAAUGUGUUGACUCGAGGUGACUUGUCUUCUCUGCGCUGGAUUGCUUCCCCACUCCGCCACUUUGUGACCAGCAACCCCAACGUGCAACUGUGUCGUGUCUACUACAGCUCACUCAACUUUAGAGAUAUAAUGCUGGCCACCGGCAAACUGCCACCAGAUGCUAUUCCAGGUGACCUUGCUCUGCAGCAGUGCAUGUUAGGUAUGGAGUUUUCCGGUUAUGACCCGAUUGGUCGGCGUGUGAUGGGGCUGCUGCCUGCUAAAGGCCUGGCUACAAGUGUAGAUGCUGACAAACGGUUUCUCUGGGAUGUUCCCUCCAGCUGGACACUGGAGCAGGCAGCUUCGGUACCAGUGGUCUACGCCACAGCCUACUACUCUCUGGUGGUGCGUGGAAGGCUCCGCCCUGGAGAAACUGUUCUAAUCCACUCAGGAUCAGGGGGGGUCGGCCAAGCUGCCAUCGCCAUAGCACUCAGCAAGAAAUGUAAAGUCUUCACGACAGUUGGCUCAAUGGAGAAGCGGACUUAUCUGCAGAAGAGGUUCCCCCAGCUCUCAGCAGAGUCCUUCACUAACUCCAGAGACACCUCAUUUGAACAGCACAUUCUUCUCCACACACAGGGAAAAGGUGUGGAUGUGGUGCUGAACUCUCUGGCUGAGGAAAAGCUGCAGGCUAGUAUUCGCUGCCUAGCCAGACAUGGACGAUUCCUAGAGAUCGGCAAAUAUGACCUGUCCAACAACUCCCCACUAGGCAUGGCUCUGUUCCUGAAGAAUGUGACAUUCCACGGCAUCCUGCUGGAUGCUCUGUUUGAAGAGGGCAACCAAGAGUGGGAGGAAGUGUCCCAGCUGCUGAAGGAAGGCAUUAUUGGAGGUGUAGUUCAACCUCUAAAGACCACAGUGUUUGAGAGGGACCAAGUGGAGGAAGCAUUCAGAUACAUGGCUCAGGGCAAGCACAUUGGCAAGGUCGUCCUGCAGGUCUGUUCUGAGGAGAGGGAAGCAGCAGUCCAAACUGCUUCCCCUUUGUCUUUUCCAGCUAUCUGUCGCACAUUCUGCCACGCCUCCCACUCCUACAUCAUCACCGGUGGAUUGGGGGGCUUUGGUCUGGAGCUCGCUCAGUGGCUGACAGAGCGAGGAGCUCGCAAACUGGUGCUGACUUCCAGAUCAGGUAUCAGGAAUGGUUACCAGGCGAAGCAAGUGCGUGAAUGGCAAGGUCAGGAUGUGGAAGUGCUGGUGUCAACCAAUGAUGUCGGCACAGUAGAGGAAACGGAGCAACUCAUCGCUGAGGCCUCCCAACUGGGUCCAGUGGGCGGCAUCUUCCACCUAGCCAUGGUAUUGAAAGAUGGCAUGUUGGAAAAUCUGACUCCUCAGCUCUUCCUUGAUGUCAACAAACCUAAAUAUGAGGGCAUCGUUAACCUGGACAAGGUGACAAGAAAGUUGUGUCCAGACCUCAGCUACUUUGUGGCCUUCUCCUCAGUCAGCUGUGGCCGUGGGAAUGCUGGCCAAAGUAACUAUGGUUACGCCAACUCGGCCAUGGAACGUGUGUGCGAAAAGCGCCACUACGAUGGUCUGCCUGGACUGGCUGUUCAGUGGGGUGCCAUUGGUGAUGUGGGCGUGGUGCUGGAGACCAUGGGUGGCAAUGAUGCAGUGAUUGGUGGCACCCUACCACAGCGCAUCACAUCCUGCCUGGAGGUGCUGGACCGCUUCCUGUGCCAGCAGCAGCCAGUGAUGUCUAGCUUUGUACUGGCAGAGAGAACGGUGGUAAAGAGCGAGGCAGGAAGCCAAAGAGACUUGGUGGAUGCUGUAGCUCACAUUCUGGGCGUACGAGAUGUGAACAGCCUGAACGCUGAUGCCUCAUUGGCUGAUGUGGGCCUGGACUCCUUAAUGGGUGUGGAAGUUCGGCAGACUCUGGAGCGUGACUACGACAUCAUCAUGUCCAUGAGAGAGAUCCGCCUGCUCACCAUAAACAAGCUACGAGAGCUGGCCAAUAGCAAGCCAGGUGGAUCAAAUGAAUCUCACCACACUACAACUAAGAGGGAUGGCAUUCGCUCUUUGUCUGAUCUGACCCAGUUAUUAGUCAACCCCAAUGGCCCCACUGUGACGCCACUCAACAAGGUUCAGAGCCAAGAGAGGCCACUGUUCCUGGUCCAUCCCAUUGAGGGAUCCAUUGCCGCCUUUAAGACGCUUGCUUUCAAGCUUAGCAUUCCUUGUUACGGCCUGCAGUGCACAAAAGCUGCUCCUCUGGACAGCAUCCAGUCCCUGGCAGCCUACUAUGUGAAAUGUAUCAGACAGGUUCAGCCAGACGGGCCGUUUCGGAUUGCUGGAUACUCCUUUGGUGCCUGUGUGGCAUUUGAAAUGUGCUCUCAGCUUCAGACCCAGAAUCUACCUGUGGAGGACCUCUUUUUAUUUGAUGGAUCACACUCCUAUGUGGCAGCAUACACACAGACCUACAGGGCCAAGUUGACACCAGGUAAAGAAUCUGAGGCUGAAACUGAAGCCUUGUGUGCCUUCAUCCAGCUGUUCGCUGGCAUCGAGUACAACAAGCUUCUGGAGACGCUUCUUCCACUGUCAGACCUGGAAGCCCGUGUCAACGUGGCGGUGGACCUAAUAACCUCCAGCCACAAGAACAUCAGCCGGGACUCACUGCACUUUGCAGCCACUGCCUUCUACUACAAGUUGAAGGCUGCUGAUGGCUAUGUCCCUGCGACCAAAUACCACGGCAAUGUAACACUACUACGUGCCAAAACCAGCAGUGAAUAUGAACAGAACCUGGGGGCUGACUACAAGCUCAACGAGGUCUGUGAUGGCGAGGUGUCAGUACACAUCAUCGAAGGAGACCACCGCACCUUCCUGGAAGGAGAGGGGGUGGAGUCUAUUACCAACAUCAUCCACAGCUCACUGGCAGAUCCACGUGUCACGGCAAGGGAGGGCUAGACAUACCCAACCACACCCUCAUACCGACUGCACCUUCGCACUAAUUCCACAAAAUUCCCCAAAUGGGUCACUUACUCCAAUUGGUUUAACAUUGUUUUAUACAGUAAUAAUAAUAAAGUAAGUCUUUGGACACAGUAUGUUUACAUUCUGUGUCAUUUUGCCCUAAUAUCCCAAAUGCACCUUAUUCCUCUUUAUUGCACCUUUUCAAAUGUGUUGUGGACACUCUCCCCAGAGCUCUUAGCUGGUAUCUUCCUAUUUGGUAAAUAAAAUGUGCUGCCGGUAGAAGUUCUGAGUUAAGAGUCAUUAUGUUGCCAUGUUUAAUUCAGCCUUUUUUGUAGUAGAGAUACCAAUUUUAAACAAUUUUCUCUAAUCAAGACUCCAGUGAAAUCAUUAGUAAUUUCUAAAUACGUUUACUUGGGCUAUUUUCAUAUAGAGAAAUGCAAAAACCUUUGAAUUGCAUAUUCUAAAGCCUGUCAGUUUUGAAUUUUGCUCAGUCAGUGGAGCGCACAGUAAGACAGUAGACUAAUUUAGAAUAAUAGACUAACUUGAAACAAAAGCUAAUCCCUCCCUCCCAUUAAAUAUAAUUCACAUACCAACUUGUUUCACAGGCUCUGGAUAAUGCCACCGUGAGUAGACCAAGGCAAGCACACUCCUGUAACUAAAUCUGUUCAAACAGAAAAGAUCACCACUACUGUUACUGAGCAUUCAGACCUAAAACAGCCAGGUUCAACUGUUGUUUUUUUUGUGACAAAAAUUUUUUGUCAGAGCCCUCUAAUUUGUCAUUAAUUGAAAUAAGGUGCUGUGUUUUCUUCAAGAAGCUCUGAUGUUGGUCUGAACAUAGCCUCCAACUGCAUGUCCCUCACCUUUAAUGUUUUUUAAAUGAUUAACACUUCAGUCAUCAUGUUCCACAUUUACUGCUAAAAUUAAAAGAACUGGACAGUAAUCUAGUAUAGCAUGAAAGGCUGGCUCUGUAGCUGUGGUGAGCAAAUACUAAGUCAGCUGCUUUUGAAGCUUUUGUCACAUUUAUGCUACUCAGCCCAAAGUCUAUUUCAUAAUUGCACACUAAUGCAUGUUUAUGUGUGUAAAGGAGGGCAGGAGUCUUCUACUGCAGAUGUCCGUUACUCUGCUCAAGUAAUGGCACACAAACUUGCCAUGGUAAAACUACCCCUGACCCAGCACUGCCAAUGCUAAUUAGUUAUUACUGGUAAUACAACAAUUUUACUUUUAAAUUCUCAAAAACAAAUGUACCUAUUGUGUAGAGGAUGCAAUCAUAUUCUGUUGAGUGAUUUUAUGUUUGUAAUGUUGUUGUUUUUGUCAACUGAGCUAAACCAAAACUCACUCAAAUGAUGGCGAGCCUCUAAAAUGAUUAACACAGAGCAAUUUGGUCUGCAAUUGUAUUUCUGUAAUAAACUGCAGCUUCAAUGCAACAAACAUACAAAUCAUGUUAUCUGGUUUUGCCCUUUAAUACAUUAUUCAUCUCUCAUUCACCAUGGUGACCAGCAUGACAUUAUUACAAUUAUCACAGAGUAUCUUUAUCCUGCAGUACUUCACAAACCAAUUGUAGAAUAUCAAGAUGUUUCAUUUGCCAGAGAGAUGACUUGUUAACUUAGGGACCUGUUGAUGAAAUACUAUCACACUUAAAGGCACACAUUGAAAUGUAGAUUUGGUCAGUCAAGGCCAACUUUUCCCAGCUGAUAAACAUAUUGAUGCCAGCACAUUGUUGAGUUGAUUAGUUGCUUUGCUCCUUAACAAAUGAUGGACUUCUCUGUACACAAGGUAUUCACCUUGAGAGUGAAAACUAGUUACAGUAUUUUGAUAGACCCAUAGUGAUGUACUGAAUAGGUUUUGUGUGUAAAUGUCUCACUAAAUGUUGCAUCCUUUCCCAAAUCAGCUUGUAGGCUGUGAAUGACCAUUAGGCACCUGUUGUAUGUGGAUGUAACUGAUCUGAACAGCAGGUCGUUUGAUCUUGAUAGGCUGUGUCCUCCUGGAGCUGUCUCUGACUCCUAUGAACUUCACCAACCCCAGCAAGCAGUCCCACUAUACAACAGCCAACUUGACCACUGAGACCUCUAAUCUGGUCUAUGAAGGGUCAGGUGACUGGGCUAAUGUGGUGAUUAAUUGCAGUGAAAAGGAGAAGGAAGUGACAGUGUAUGCACUACUUAUAUUGUAAUAAUUCCAGUAUGUCUUAUGUCUAAUAAAGAUAUCUCACUCACUUUGA